UCAACACGUCCACCUUGGGGGCCGACAAAGAUGUCGACGAAUCUAUGCGCACUAUGACAGUGGAUAGAAUUCAUACUAGAACAGAGAAUUGACAACCAAUAUUCCUGCCGCAACUCGCCCCCCUCACAAAGGCAGAAUACACCAAUAAAUGGCGACGCUAGAGCACACCUCCGAAGAUGCUUCAUGAGAUUCUCCUUUCCCUCGCGGGCCAUCCGUCGUCCCUUCUCGACCCAGAACUCGAGUCCCUCGGUACAUCUGCGAGAUCGUUCCCCCUCCUGUCACCACCAGAGAAGGAGCUGCUCGCGUCUCUCGCUCUGCUGAGCCGACUCCAUAUCCAACUACGCGCCCAGACCGCCCGAAUCUCGUCGUCUCACCAUUCAACCAUAUGCCGUGCUGUGUCUACUGCUAUAUCCACAGAACACUUGAGAAAGUUUCAGAACCAAAUAUUGGACGUGGAAAAGGCAGUGUUGGGAAAGGAUAGUGGCUACGUGGGUGGCUACGGCAUUGUUCCAUUAUCUACGAUAGUCUUGGAAUUCGCACCAUGGACGCGAAGACUGGAGUGGUUAUGGCAGGUAUCCAAUCGAAUACUUCCGGAAUCUACUUCCAAAGAUGCUGGCCCGCCGGAAACAUGCAGUGGGGCGAGCCUCAUCGAUUAUUUGCGCGCAGAGUCACAUACGGGUUACUUGGAUCUCCAAGAGAUUGCGCUGCAAUUGAUCAGUGCUGCUGAAAAGGCGUGGAUGAGACAGCUGUCGAUGUGGCUUUUAUAUGGAGAACUGCCGACAUCUGGAAAGGAAGAUUUUUUCGUUCGUGCGACUGUUGUUGAUAUCGAGGACGACGAACAUAGCUCGGUCAAAACAAGUGUCGAGUACGCCAUACAGGUGGACCUGCUACCAAAGUUUGUAUCCACUGCAACUGCGUCUUCCAUACUGUUUAUUGGAAAAUCAUUAAACCAUAUCAGGAGUCGUCGGAAUCGUUCUACAGUGGACAGCGCAUCAGGCUCCGUUACGGGUAUCAUGUUGGAAGCUGAUCACAUCAGCCAUCUAUCCUCUCUUACUUCUCCAAUCUCAACAUCAGCGCUUUCGAAUGCAAUCACAGUGAUAAGGCUGUCGGUUUCUCAGACUUCGCUAUCUAAGCUCUUGCCUUUACCUAAAAUUGUCGAGAUACUGUCUAUUAUUCAUGGCUUUCUACUUCUAGGACGUGGUGGAUUCGCCACAGCGCUGGUUUCACAUGCUGAUUCCAGGCUUGCAGCCCGAAAUCGACGACCAGGACAUAGCUCUGGAGGCGGAUUAGACAAUCUAGUCAUCAAAGAAGGUGAAAUCUCAGCUGUCCUAGCACAAACAUGGACAGAGAUGUAUUCCUUACAGGAUGAGGAGGCGCCAGUUGACGAGGAACUCGAUCUUGCACGAGAUUUGUUACAUUUAUCUAUACAGUCUCAUAAGAAAGGAGGUCGUACUAUGACUCCCUCUCGGGAUGUCGUGGGCAGCAAUAUGCCAGCUGAAAUAUCUUUGGUUUCAUUUGACGACCUUUUGUUUCCUACUUCUACCCACCUUUCCCUCAAAAUUCAACCCCCUAUUGACCUGUUUCUGUCAAAUUCUGAUAUGUUGAUAUACUCAAUAAUUCACUCCUACCUUCUCGGUAUUCGCCGCGCCCAAAUCCGGUUGAGCAAUUUAUGGAAACAUACUGCAAUGCGCCGCAUACAUCCAGCCCCAUGGGGACCGCCCCGGAGUAACUCUCGAGGCGGAGAGUUUCGCCUAAAUACGCAAAGACAGAGGUACAACGAGCGUGCAGUACAGAUGCGACCUGUCUGGGCUACCGCGAGCGCUUCCAUAUUUGUGCUUUCGGAGAUUGGGGGGUACUUGCAAGGUGAAGUCAUCCAAGAAUCAUGGCAACACUUGCAACUUUGGCUUGAAGGAGCUCCUCCAGGUCCAGUAGCUGUCUCGCGACCAGUAUCUCGACCGGCAUCCCGACCCGGAACCGCAACUCUCAAAUCAAGCUUCCGCCACUUAUCAGUAUCACAGCAAAGCCAACCAUCACUGCCACAGACACAGCAACAGCACGAUCCCGAAACCAUAACCGUUGCCCAUCGGCGCUAUCUCUCGUCUUUAGUCCAAUUCCUUUUCCUUACAGAAGUCCCCUUCACCAGCGCGUUACGCUCCUUUCUCUCUGGUGUAGAUCAUUUAAUCGCGCUGAUCUCUCGUCUUGAAACAGUUCAACGAAAUCUUGAUCUCGAAGCAGACGAAGGCGUUGUCGACACUCUCGCUGACUACGCACAAGAGGAGCGUCUAUUACGGAGCGAGCUGCGUGAAGCGCGCGAAACCGUCGAGACUGGUAUCAAAGAAAUUAUAUCCCGUUUGCAUGAUAUUGACGAUAGCAGAUCAGGGGAGGGAAGGCAGAUGUUUGACUUGUCAUCCUCCUUGACAACUACUAGCGCUGGACCAGCCGAAUCUCAAAGUAAUAUGUACAUCCCCCGCAAGGCAGCUGGAGUGGAUCGGCUGUUGAUGAAGUUGGACUUUGCUGGAUUGAAUAGUGAUAUCAAUGGUAAUGGGGAAAGGGGGGAGGACUUGAUGGAUGAUCAUGAUGAGCCAGAAUGA